UGCUGUAUGCUGUCAAAUUAUAAAUGUCAAUUCAAUUGUCAAAUACGAAUUUUAUAAUCAUGUUCACCGACCUAUAAAAAUUAGAUAAGUUUUCUAAAGAAAUUAAAUAUAUUUAGUUUAGUGUUAUUGUGAUUUACGCCGCUAUUUAAACGAAGUAAAAUGGCAGAACCAAACCCACAAGCAGGAGACACAGGCCCGCCAAAAGGCAUCCCAGCACUGAAAGCUCAUGUUAUUGCCAACAAGAUAGACGUAGCCCUGUGGGGUAUCAGGUUGCUCACAGUACUCUGCACUAUUGGAUAUGUUUUACCCAUUUUUAAUAACGCGUCGGCCGCGUUCUACAAGGCGCUGCUCGCCAACGCGGCGACGUCGGCGCUGCGCCUGCACCAGCGCAUCCCGGCGCGCGAGAUCGCCGUGUCGCGCGACUUCGUCAACAGGUUCUUCCUCGAGGACAGCGCGCACUACCUCUUCUACUCGCUCAUAUUCAUGAACGUCACCCCUCAUAUACUGAUAUUGAUACCGAUAUUCCUGUUCGCGCUGCUCCACGCAGCGUCGUACUCGCUCACCAUACUUGAUACCCUAGGACAGAACUCGAUGUGGGUGGCUCGGCUGCUCAUCUCGCUGGUGGAGUUCCAGUCGCGCAAUAUCCUGCGAGUCGCCGCGCUCACGGAGAUCGUGCUGUUCCCCAUCGUCGUUAUCAUGGCUAUCACCGGUAACUGCGGCUACCUAACACCGUUCGUGUAUUACUACUUCGUGAUGUGGCGCUACGCGUCACGUCGCAACCCGUACACGCGCAACACGUUCCGCGAGUUGCGCGUCCUGGCGGAGAACACGGCCGCGCGCCCCAACAUGCCCGCGCCGCUCCGCUCCGCUCUACUCUCCGGCGUCAACUUCGUGUGUUCCAUGGCCCCGCCGGUUGAAGUACAACAGUAAAGUGCAAAACUGACACUAACAUUGGGUGGUACAACGGCGAGCUACCUGAAGUACAUAACUGAGUCCAUUUUGCAUAUAUAAGGGUCUUUUACUUUUAAGACUGCAUUAUAGUAUUUAAGUUUUCGCUUCCGACACUUUAAAAAAACUGCAGCCCACUUUACACCAUAGACGAACGAUCUGAAUGAUCAUGAAUCUAUAUAUUUAUGGAUAGAAUACCUAAUACUUGAAGCAAAUACUUACCUACUUAUCGCUAACCCACUUCGAUUGCCGAGCGAGAGCGAGAGGUCGAACACCACUAGGGUCCGGCCUCUCGCUCUAAUUUGUUAGUCGAAAUGGGAUAGCGAUAAGUAGGUAUAUGCUUCAAGCAUGUAUUAAGAGCGACCGAUUUUACUAUACAUUCAUGAUCCAUCAUAAACCAGGCAACAAGCGAUUUCGCUUGCAAUAUAAAGGACAUGAGAAUGAUAGCGUCAAACUUGCUUUAUCACUGUAAACCUGCAUUUGUGUACCUACCUUAGGGCAUUUAAAUACUCAUUCUUAUUCGAUUCGUUUUCGUAAAAAUACGAUUCUCCGUCAUACAAAACGUAGGUGCAUAAUAUACUUGUGCACUCAUUUGAUUCGUAUUUUGACGGAUCCGUAUAAAGACAGACCAAAUUAGUGCACAAGCGUACGUACAUCUUGUACAACGGCCACUACGAAUCGUAUUUUUACGAAAACGAAUACGAAUGAGUGCAAAAACGCCCUUAGAGAUAUAGAGACCUAUUCAAUGAUAUUAUACCAUAGCUAUGGUGUGUAGAUAUUACAAGGCAUAUUAAUUUGACACACAAGCGCAUGUAUUUAUUUUCACUUUUUAAAUUACAAUUGGAGCUUCGUCUCUUUUGAGUUUAAUAAUAAUAGGUUUCUAUAAUUCUGUAGGUGCGUUAUAUUGUUUCAAUAGGUGUUUGAUCGUCACCAACAAAGUUUUGAUCACAUUGCUAUUGUAGUAUUGCCAUAGUGUAACUGUUGUUAUUGACUAAACUUAUGGCCAAUCUGAGGUUACAACAAUUGAGGAGUUGGCGAUUUGAAUUGUGUAAUUGCACGUGAUAUUUUUUCAGGAGGAACAAAAAACAUAAUAAAACUGUUGAAACCGUUUUGAUCGAAAUAACGAAUUUUGGACUUAAUUUUAGCACAGUUUUAGGCGGUUUUGCUAGGAAAUGUGUUCAAGUUUGUGUUCAGUAUUCGAAACCAGGCUGCAUGGUCUACGACUUUUGCCUUUCCUGAAGGGGAUGAAAAAUAAAACUAACUUAGUACAUAUUCGAAAUCAUGGACUUUAGACUGAAUUUUGGCAGUUUUAAGCCGUUUUCUUGGAAAAGAGUAACCGAUUUUUAUUAAAUGGGCCAAAAACAUCUGAAUUAAAAAGUACCUACCUAUUUUGAUUGUAAGUCUAAUUACACAGUACAAGCUCUUCAAUUUACUGUCACACUGCAGUUGUAAAUGUUUGGCGCUACGGCCGCGGCCCUUUGGUAAUCAAUUUGCCAGUAGGUACCCUACUGUCAUCCUAAUGAUACGAUAUUUCUUUGAAUCGAUUUAUAGCGAAAGCUAUGUGUUUUUGCUCACAGUGCUAUUUAAAAAACACAACGUUUACAUUUUUAUACAAUUUAUAUUAAAUAAAACAUCAUUUAUAAACUCCAUCAGCUAUUUUUGGUUGUAUUUGUUAAUCUAGUAUUUUGUUUAUUCUAAAUGGGACAACUUAAGGUAUUAUGUUAAGUUUAAUUAAUUUUAUUUAAGAUCGAGAAGCGAACAAUUUUGGUCCAAUUUAAGUUAGAGAUUAGAAAAUGUUAGCAUAUUAAUAAAAAAAAUAUUUAAAAGUUUUAUGGAGCAUAUUACAUUAUUACUAUUAAUUAUGUACAACUAUUUUGUCAACGAAAUAAGGCGUUAAGGUUUUUGUUUUCUGAUCGCAUUUUGUUGAAAUAGCUGUUUCUUUCAUUCCAUUUGUGAAUUUAAUUUACAGAGAAAAAAAUUGUGACAGGAAUAAUUGCCGAUAAACAUUUUUGUAAUAAGUAAGUAUUAAUGCACGUGGUUUGGGAUGGAUGUAACUUUGAUUUUUCAAUAAACGAUGUGGUAAGAU